AUGGCACACAGUCCGCUGAGAAUGUUUAGCGAUUAUCACGAGCGACCAGUAUUGGCAUGUGGGCAGGGUCCAACUCGCGAUAUCGCUGUCAAACUUGGUUUUCGAGACGUGACAACGGUCGACGAUCUUCGCACUCUUCUACCUGAACUUGAUGUUGUUGAUGUCAGGCGUCGUAGAAUUCAGCCACAUAAGCUCCUCGAUCAUGGCUUCUACCCACUCGAGUCAAUCCUGCUGCUCGGUGAACCGCUGAACUGGGAAUCAGCUUUACAGCUCAUUAUUGACGUGCUGACAACGAAUGGUCUGAAGGAAUUCAAAAGCAACAAAGUAAGCUAUCCACACAUUCCAGUUUUCGCGAGCAAUUUGGAUCUCUUCUGGAUGGGUGAUAGUGCUGUCCCUAUACCCAGAUUUGGUCAUGGUAUAUUUCUGACAUGUCUUGAACAACUCUACAAGAAGAUGACAGGUCAAGAAAUACGUUAUAAGGCUAUAACUGGGAAACCAACUGAAGUCACUUAUCUGUAUGCAUCAGAACUAAUAGAAGAGCAAGCCGAAAAAAUGAAUCUUCCCCCACCCAGGAAAGUCUUCGUUUUGGGUGACAACAAAGAAACCGACAUUCUUGGAGCGAAUCUUUUCGAGCAUCACCUGCAGACUGGUGAUAAAGGCCGUUUCGAUAAGUGCGAUCUGACCGAUUUGCGUAAAAACUUCAAUGCUUUCAACAAGUAUGUGUGCUUGAUUUUAUUUCCGAUCUACUCCCAAGCACACAGUUUCCCAUGUUACACUCACCUGAGUUCGUAA